UUGCUCCCUCUUUCAAACCAAAACUCCAAAUGCCUUAUUUUACUCUUUCUAGGCGAAAUAGUCGACAGCUAUGAUCCCCUUAUCUUCAAAAGAAUACCGCGGCAAGUCACCAAUGCCACAAAGGAGAAACGCCGUCGCCUAAAAGAUGCAGUCAAAAGUUCGUCCAAGGCUGCACGCGGCAAAACCGCACUCGGUGCUCACAGGCGAGUGUCAAGCUUCAAAGGUCGCGUUGAGGCCUUGAAAAAAAAGUUUCCCGACUACGAAUUCCAGAAAGCGGAAACUUAA